AUGUAUGUAUCUAUCUAUCUAUCUAUCUAUCUCCGUCUAUUUAUCUAUUUUAGUCUGUUCAUAUCUAUCUAUCUAUCUAUCUAUCUAUCUAUCUAUCUAUCUAUCUUAAUCUCUUCAUGUAUAUCUAUCUAUCUAUCUAUCUAUCUAUCUAUCUCUUUAUCUACCUAUGUUGGUUUCUCUGUCUAUCUAUCUAUCUAUCUAUCUAUCUAUCUAUCUAUCUAUCUAUCUAUCUAUCUUAGUCUCUCCAUCUAUCUAUAUCUAUCUAUCUAUCUAUCUAUCUAUCUAUCUAUCUUAAUCUUUUCAUUCUUUUCUAUCUAUCUAUCUAUCUAUCUAUCUAUCUAUCUAUCUAUCUAUCUUAGUUUCUCCAUGUCUGUCUGUCUAUCUAUCUCUCUAUCUCAUGUAAAUCUAUCUAUCUUAGUCUUUUCAUGUAUAUCUAUCUAUCUAUCUAUCUAUCUAUCUAUCUAUCUAUCUAUCUAUCCUUUUAAUCAUGGAUUGUCUUUGUUUGCCAAGGACUCUUCAAACAGAUCCUGUGGACAAACACAUUAA